GUUCCCCGCCCCUCUCUCCCCUAGUUUCCUGAAUUUGCUUUACCCCCUUCAAAUUGUGAUUUCAUGAUUUGAAGAAUUCUCGUGAAUUGAAAAGGCAACGUUACUUGCCUGAUCUAAACGAAAGAAAAUUCAAUUGAGAGAUCCCAAAAUUCCAUUGAGAUGUGUGAUAACGAAAAAGAAGAGGCAGCGAAUUUGAAAGAGGAAUUCGAAUGGGUACUUCGUGAAGAGGUACAUGCGAUAUUACAUCAACUCCACUCUGUUUUAGUCGAAUGCGCACAUCGGUUUCCGGUGCCCUUGUAUGGUAAUGAGGGCCAAAAGCAAGAUAAAUUCAUAUUGACAUCACAACCUGAACAAUUAAAAUGUAUUGUGACUUUAACUGGUGACAGUAUUACCCAUGCAGACAUAAGUUUCAAGGUGCUGCGACAGAUGCACACAAUAUGCCGUACGUCAAUCAACCAGGACGGGCCUUGGAAACUGCAACAGAUACAGGAUGCUGCCAAUCAUUUACAGCAGGCUAUUGGUUAUAUUGAUAAUGUCGAUAAACAUUAUGUUUUCAGAUCAUCUGAAGAGGUGCUCCAUAUAAUCCAAUGUCUGAUCGGCUCACUGCAGAGAGCUCGGACUGCAUUAGUGUUGCCUAAGAAAAAAGCAAUUGAUGAGCUUAUGAAGAGUAGAAAUAUGAAGGCCUUAUCGCCAAAUCUACCAGAAGACUUAGCAAUAUCUUUCUACAUACAAUCGCACAAGCUUAUAUUUGUUGCGUACCAACUUAGUUCGGUGCAUGGCACUAUGAGAAUUGACUCCUGUCAGGCGGACUGUGCGGUACCUUGGUUGAGUGACGUGUUGUUCAUGUUGACUGCAGCACUCCAUAUGUGUCAACAACUUAAGGAUAAGCUGUGUGUCUUCUCCCAAUACAAAGAUUUCACAGUGGGAUCAAGAUCUGCCUCCAUGGUGUUUAACUAAUUACCUACCGGGAUGUUACCUAAUUCUCAACUGUAAGCAUUAUAUACCUAGGUAUGCGUAAUAUACAAAACAAUUGUAUGUAAGUACAUGUAUUUAUUUAGUUAUAGUUAUUGAGUCCAUUGUUGAUAUUCUUGUUGAGUAUGAUGUAAUAUAAUGUAUAGAAACUAAACUUACAACUUAAUAUAGGAAAACUAAUCUUGGGUCUGCCAUGAGUGUAUAUUUUGAGUAACAACAAACGGGGAAAUAAGUAUUCGUUAAUUUAUUUCUACUUCUUAUGUUAUUUAUGGACAACAUUAUGUUAAUUUAUGAUCUAAGAGUUAUGUUGAAGGUUAUGUUUUAAGUUAAUCUGCCGGUUUUGGGCCGCGUAUUUAUGUAGAUUGGUUAUUAGCUAAUAAAGAGCACAGUAUAAACCAUCUGGCCAAUAACUGAUGACAAUUGAACAUGGUUCAGUCACCCCAAUAUGUCCUCAAUUGGGAGUUAAUACUUUGCUCGAAUUCGCAGCACGUUUAGUUCAAUUUUGAUUCAGUUCGAGCGCCGACCGGAUGGUUCUAGUUAGUCUAAUGUACACAACGCGUUGUAGGAUAUGACAAAGCAAUAAUAUUUUUACAGGCUAACAAAUUAACGCAUAAAAUAAAAGUGCAAAGUUAUAUUUGAAUAGCCCUUGUGUACGAUAAUGGCAUUUAUGUCGUGGCACAUAAAGUCCAUUUCUGAAUGAAGGUCCAAGUCUUGUAUUACGAAUUCAAAUUCGGUAUUAUUUAAAGUUUCUAUUUAUGUAGAGGCUAUUUUAAGAUGUUUGACCCUUUGAAUAUAUGCGUAUUGGGCGCUGGUGCCUAACCUCUCGUUUAUCUAAACAUUUAAUAGUAUCAUGUGUUCUAUUUUACAAAUGUCUACUUAAUAUUUUACAUUGAUGUUAUUUUUGUUUUCACUGACAUAUAUACAAAUGUGUAAACAUGUACUGUUUUUCAAAGGGUUUAUAACAAAAUGCAUAAUACAGCAACAUUAUUUAUUUAGUUAUUUAUUGCCAUGUUAAUAAAUAAAAUAGAUCUGAAUGUAUUAGUUAAUGGAAUUAUAAAAUGUGUAAUUUGAAGCAAUAAAGCUUCUACCUUUUGUCUGUAAUGCCAUAGUUAACGAACUAAUUUAUAAUAGAAUAAUAUAAUACAUAAAUGUAUAGUUAUAUUUGAUAAUAAUAAUAAUCAAUUGGUAAGAAAGGAUCCGUCAAAUGAAACAACUUUAAAUAUCUUGCUUUCUAAAAAUUUGCAGUUUAUUUUUAUAUUCAAAUACUAAAUAUCUUAAUACAUUGUGGUAAAAGUGUCUAAUACUAUUUACAUGAAAAUGAAUAAAAUGCAAAAAAAAUGUUAUGGUGGCCAAAAUCUUACAGUAAUUAUUAUCAUUCAUGAAAAAAAUACAUUAUCUUUGUAGUAGAUCGAUAUACUUUAUUACACUUUUAUAAUCGCUCAAUACAAAUAUAAAUUGUUAUAGUAUGGAUGCUUUUGCCUUCAGUGUUGUCACAAAAAAUAAUAUCGAGAUAUUUCAUAGUCAAUUAAAUACAGCGUGAUGCGAACCACUGAAAAAAUUAAACAUAAUUAAUAUUUCACAAUUUGUAUCUUAAGUAAUUUCAAUUAAAUGAAUUCCAAUGUUUAUGAAAAUGUGAUAAUAAUUAUUACAUCUUUGAUUAAGAGGUAGGUAAUAACUUGUCUCGCUUCCCAAUGAGACUUAACAACAUUCUUGAUUAAAACUAUUUGCCCUUAAAACUUUGAAUAAAAACUUCGUAGCAAAAAGUAUGAGUAUAUGUGAUAGUUGCGAUUUUAGGGGUUGCGGGUUGUGAUUAAACAUUAAAGACUUACUAAAAUGUUUAAUUAUAACCGCUCUGAAACAAAUCCACAACACCAAAAAUUGCAAUUAUCAUUGUUGCUUGAUUGUACAGAGUUUAGUAUCCAUGAUGCAAUAAAAAAACCUUAUCAAUGGGGAGAUCCAUAGAAUGAUAAGUAUUUUUAAUCACGUGUGAAAAACGCAGGUGUUGUAUUUUCCCUCACUCGAUAAAAUUUCGGUUAUCCGUAGCCUAAUAGAGAUGUUACAACCUUUUUUGUUUUGUUUUAAAUGAAUUUACAGCUGGCAAUGUAUAUGAAAUAUAUUCAGUGCUUAAAUGCUUAAUCAUGAAUAUUACUGUUUUUUAUCACAUACACAUUAAUAAUAAAAAGGUUGUGUAUCAAAAUGUUGUUUAAAUUAGUGAAGUACCUAAUUGGUAUGUGUAAAAAAAAAAAACAAAAGGGGUAUUUGACAAUUUGGUUAACACUUCACAACAUAAUCUGUACAGUCUGCUAUGACUAUUCUCUCUACAUAGUCUUUAAAUUCAAUUUUUAUUUAUGAUGUCAAAUACCCUAUAAACAUCGAUAAUAUUUUAUUCGCAUAUUAAUUAAAAUAAAUAAUUAUGGACACUGAAUUUGAGUGGGUAAAUAAGUGGGAAGCAAUCAAUUAAGUUGUUUAUGUGUAUUGGCGAUGGAAUUGGCAAUGAAUGUUGAAAUUGUAUUUUUGUGCACAUAUUGAUAACUUUGAUAAGUAAUAAAAUUGUUAACGCACUUUCUGAAUAUUCGAUUUAAUCUUUCUAAAUUAUGUCUAUACUUCAUUAAUUUUUAAAUUGAGACUGCACCACUUGAGUGCUCUUUGUCAGCCUAAAACUUGAGAUGCAAAACACUCGACUAUGUAAAGAACCAUCAUGUUUAAAUAAUUGAUUUGACAUGUUUGACAAUAAAAUUAUUGUACUAGUAUUAUUAGGUAGUCUCAAGACUAUUUUAUCUAUACCUACUGUAUAAACAGUUUAUGUGAUUGUGUUGUAUUUCAAUAAAUCAAAAUGCUGUUGUGCA